ACUAUGGCCUCAACACUUUUGUCAAGAUAUCAACAGAAUUUUACACGGCUAGGAAUAGCCUGCGUGGACGAUAUAAAAUUUGUGUUUAAAGAUAUUCUUAAAAGUCAGAUCAAGCCUACAGAUCUCGAAAACGCUAUCAAUUCAUGUCCAAAGCUAACAAUGGGGAAUCAGAAACUGAGAUCAGAUCAGCUAAGAAUUUGCAGAGUUCCUCCACCACAGAUUCCUGAUUAUGAUAUGUUUGAUGUUUCGUUGCUCUAUAAACUGAUACGUAAUCUAUGUCCUAACCUUAAACCAACAAACGGAUGGGGAAGUACACCGGGUAUAAAUGAUCUGCAAAUUGGAGAUGACAUUGAGCGACUCAGACUUGUCCGAAACGAAAUGUUUGCCCAUUUAGAAUCUUCAGAGAUUCCUGAUGCCAAAUUCUUAUCAUGCUGGAAGGAAUUAAAAGGAAUCAUACAGAGGGCUCAGGUUUUCAUGGCGUCACUUGGAUACAGUGUAAACUAUGAGGAAAGACUCGCAAUUACUGAAAAAUCUGAUUUUGGUCGAGAAGAUAUGGAAAAAUACAAACAAUUUCUCGAAGGAAUAUUGAUUCUAUGGAAAGAAAAAAGAGAGGUUCCAGUGGUAACAGUAAAUGGAAAAAGCAAAAUUGUCUGUGGAGAAGAGGCUUGCAUUCAGGCUGAGACAGAAAGAUGUCCGGACAAUAUUAAUUGGCCGCUUACUUGGGAGAGAGUAAGUGGGAGUAAAACAGAAAUCAUUGACACUAGUACAGAAAAGUACAGGGGCAGUUCCAUAAAACGGCUGGUCAUAAAGAGAGUUGUAAAAAAAGAUGAGGGAGAAUAUCGUGCCGUGAUAUCACGAGAGAUAGAUGGAUGUCAUAUUAAUGUGCCAAGUAAUAAAUUCUUUCUACAUGCUUUAGGAGAUCCUCCAACUCUAGAAAUUACCCAGGCAACCUCUGGAUUUGAUGGAGUUACUAUUCUGUAUGAUUGUUUUGUGGAAAAGACAUCUCCUGUAAUAGAGAAAAUUGAGUGGACCAAAGAUGGAGAACUUUUGGCGAUGAAUGCAAAAAAGUAUAACGGUGGUGGAAUCAAAGAUCAUUAUCUGAAAAUCCUUUCUUCAUCGGAGAACGACAGCGGUGAAUACACAUGUAGAGUAUUCAAUGCUGUUGGAUCAAGCGUGAAGUACAUAGUUCUAGCUGUCCCAUGUAUAGAAAUUUGUAAAGAACUGACGUUUCCACUGGGUUGUCAAGUUACUUUUGACCCUGUCAUACAGUCAUGUCCUUCUCCGGAGAAAGCAAUUUGGCAAAAAAGCACAGAUCAAAAUCUUGAUAAUUUUAUGACCAUUGACAUCGAUGACGCCCGAUAUUUUGGAAGCAGUUUGGAUCCAGAGAAACCUUUUCUCCGAAUAAGAAAAACAUCCAAUGCAGACAAAUUGUACUAUCGACUAGAAGUCACAAAUGGGAUCGGUAAAUCUACAAGCAAUGCGGUUUGGUUAAAAUUAGUUGGUGAUCCUCCUUCUGUGUUCACAAGCCUUGAAACUAAUAUUCUGAAUCAGGAUGUUACAUUUUUAUGCAAAGUCUACCUCACGGAAGGUUCUCCAGAGGUAACAAAGAUUGUCUGGACAAAGGACAAACAGAACCUCGAUAUUUCAGGUAGUGGAGGAAAAUAUGAUGGAGGAAGUAUUGCUGAUCCUUCACUAGUCAUCCACAACGUUAAUGUUUACGACGCUGGGGUAUAUCAAUGCUGUGUUACAAAUGCUGUAGGAUCUAUGUUAAGUAAUCCCAUUUAUCUAGACAAUCCUACGGUUCAGACCAGAAGUUUUGAGAGGGAUGAUGAAACUGAUACAAUAACUUGCAAGGUUGCAAUUGAAUCCUUUCCGGAGGCCUUAACAGCUGAAUGGAGAGUUAAGAAAACGCCUGACGAUGAUUUUCAACCAAUAGACGUUCACAUAUCAACUUAUAUAGGAUCUACGGUGUCCUUACCACACCCAGUUCUGAUUGUUCAUGGAUAUAAGCAUAAACCGGAUCAACUGUUUCAAAUAAGAGUGACUAAUUUCAUAGGGGAAACCUCUAAAGUCAUACUUGAUAAUAAGCGAAAACUUGGGGAUCCUGGUCAUAAGGAGCCAAACAAACAAAUGAAAAUUUAUCGGAAAGAAGAUUUAGAUAUACCUUUUGCUAACUUCAGUUGUCAUCCUGAGAAGUCAUUUCCACAAGACAAACUGCCGAAUCUUAAACAUUUACUCACGUGCGAAGGAACAAGUCUGUAUGGCAAAGAGGUGCAAAUACCAGAAAAACUUCAUAGAAGUUUAAUCGCUGAUUUGGUGAAUAACUAUCUCGAUAUGUCUGUGGAAAAUGGGCAUGUUUUCAGAACAUGGAAACAAUAUUUUAGGAUCCAGUACUCGGCACCAAGGUAUCACUCAACCACUAUUGAUGAAGAUUUAAAUACAUUGGAAAGGGAUGGAACACUUUCAUCGAAUAAUUAUGAGACCUUAAAAGAAAUACUAGAAAAUGUAGAUCACCGUGCCCUUCGAAGAGUUAAAGAACAUGAAGAAGAACUCAAAAAAACAUUGUGAAGGCAAAAUUCAAUUUAUGCUUGUUUUUCCAAAGAAAGUAUCUGUACACAAACCUGAUUACAAUGUCAUACUUAA